AUGUUUGAUAGAGGUGUAAAAUAUUGUACUGGUCGUUGUUUGGUGUCGAAACGUGACAAUAUCCCAAACAAAAAUCCAUAUUGUCCUCAUAUGGUGGUUCGCAUGAAGAACCGUACUAACGAAGAAACUAUCUCAAGGGUCAAUAAAAGUGACUGUUUCGAA